GUCUGUUGCUCGAAAGGUUGCUCUGGUGAUGGUUGUUAUGGCGAUCGAAGACGCGGCGAUCGAGGACCCUGAGGUCCUUCUCAAGUAAGAGUGGGAAUCGCGCGUGUGGAUGGAAAGGAUCAUUGGAGACUGAGAAUAAGGUAGUUCAGAAAAGGACACGAAAGGAAGAAGCGGCUGAAUCGGGGUGAGAAAUUGGGAAAGAUAUAAGAUCAUAAGAAGUUCUCAGUUUAGAAGAAUUCUCAUCUUCAUGUCAUACUCCAAAUGUCCAGGGCGUACUGGAUUGCCCCUGACAGUACUGCGAUGGCUUCAGAGUCUUGACCUCACUUUUUCACCAAGGAACUUCCGUAGGGAUUUUUCAAAUGGCUACCUUAUCGCUGAAAUAUUCUCUCGGUACUUCCCAGAAGACAUUCAUAUGCAUUCCUUUGUAAAUGGAACCUCCCUAAGUAUCAAACUUAGCAACUGGGCACUGCUUGGAAAGUUUUUUACAAAAAGAAACCUGAAGCCUCCACGAGAGCUAAUUGAUGGGACAAUUCAUUGUAAACUAGGAGCUGCAGAAAUAUUUGUACAAGAUAUUUAUACAAUGCUGACAAACAGUUGUAUAAAACAUAUUCAAGAUGAAGAGAUUGAUUUUACUGAUCGUAUUUACCAGGACAACUUACCACUGGUUGCUAGAUCAACUGCUUCAAGGGCUAUUAAAAACAAUAUCAGUAUGACAGAAAUAAUGGCAGAACCUGAUAUUUAUAAAAACAAACAGAAAAUAAAUGCCAUCCUUGACAUACAUAGGCAGCGAAGGUUAAUGGAGAGGGAACAACAUCCAUCACGGUUUGGUAUUAAAUCAGCACUGGGAGAACUUGCCAUUGAUCGCUCUUCUAUUUUGGCUCGUUCGUUCGGUACAACUAAUCUUCCAAAGGAAAAAUCUGUUCCUGUGCCAAAUAGUGUAGCAUCCACACAAAUCAGAGGCAAAACAGAUGUUCAUUUCAAAACUAUUCAAGUGAAACAAGCUAAGAAAUUCCCAUUUGAUGUGAACAUGAAUACUGAAGCUUCAGGUACACAUUUUAAAGAACUAUAGAGAAGAAAUUCAGAAAUACAAAAGAAGAUUUAUAAUCAAAUUUGAGGCCUAUAUUGAGGAACAUGAGCCUUACAGAUAAGCCAGUAAAGAAAUAAUACUGACAUCAAAGACCUAUUGCUAACAUAUUUGCACAAGCAUAAGAAAAUGCAAUAAAAUCAGAUAAUUUUAUCCAUUCUAUUACUGGAAGUUUACCUCCUUGUCAUGCUGUAAUGCAAAUUUUUAUUAUACCAGUAAUGCAGAACCUAGAACUCUUAGUCAAUAUAAUUUUAAUAAAGUGGAUCAGCUCCAGUCUCAUUGUUAAGUGUUUUCUUAAUCGUUUAUAAACAAUGUAAAAUAUUCAGUAUAGCUAAACAUAUACGUUUGAGGACACUUAUAAAUUGAUGGAAAUCAAUGGAUCAUAAUGUUAAAAUAUUUCAACUUCUUAUCAACCAAGGAAGCUUCUUAGAAUGUAUCUGUCAGAACUUUAGAACCAGUGAAAUUAAACUCUUUUUUGUAUCUUACAUUAGUACACAACAUUAAUCCACCAAUGGAAAUAUUAGAUUGAAUGGACUGGAGAACAUUUUGAAAACUCUGUUUUCUCCCACUUAACAGUAGGGAGGACAAGAGAGUUUUAAUGAGCCUUUGAUUGGGAGAAAGCACAUCUUUCUUACCAGUUAUGAGACUGAAAAGCAGUAGGAGCACAAUUUAAAAAUGCAAGAAAAAACUCGGCUAAGCUUUUUUAAAAUCCAAAACAUAUUCCCAUGGUAAAACCAUUUUCUUAUUACUGAGGGUCUGAUAUUUAUUACUAUUAUUAUCCUUCAUCUAUUGUAGAAAAGGAAUCUUCACAGCUCCAUUUCCUACAGUAGAGGAUAUCUGAAAACUGGGCAUAAUCAAAAUGUUCUCUAGUCUAGGAGAGUAAGCAAAUAUAAUUCUUGAAGAACUUAAAUUCCUAACACAAGACCUGCUACAUUUUGAUUAUGUGAUCAUAGAAAUCUUAUGAUUUACUUCAUAUAAUACAGACAGUCGUAUUAUAAUGCCUCCAAAUCAAAACAUUGAAAUGAGAAAACUUGUUAAACAAUUAGAGGCUAGCAAAUUUACACAUGCAUUAACAUGUUAAUGCAUGUGUAAAUUUGCAAGGAAACUGUUCACUUCAUAAUUUAAUAUAGAACUGUGUGCUGUCAAAUCUGUUCAUCAGGAAAAAGAAUGCUCAUAGUUUCUGCCUACUAUUCAGUUUCUAAAUGCUCUGAAACACUUUUAAAAGUCUUGGGAAGAAAGAAAAAAAGGGGGAAGAAAAUUAAUCCCAAAUCUGAAACAUAUACAUUUAAUAAUCUUACAUGUAUACUGAUUUAUUGCUAAAAAUAUAAGAACAAGUGGUAGCUAAUUCCAUUUCAGGGAUUGUUGUAAAUCUUUCAGACCUACUUAUUAAAACAAGAGAACUCCAGUUUACAGGAUAUUAUUUCUCUACAGAAUAACUGGUAUAAUAAUGAUGAUUCAUUAUAAGAUCUUACUAUCAUUAAAAUUAUUUUUUUCCUUCAUGCUAUAAGAAAAUGUUUAUUGUUUGGGAGAGGUGGGGGAUCCUCUAGAAACAUGUAAAAAUAAUUUUUGGAUCUCAGGCCUUUCAUAAAUAGAAGUAGCUCUUUCCUUGCGAGACAAGAUACAAAUAGGACAGGACUAGAACUCGGAUCUCCUGGUUUCUAGGCCAGCACCUGAACCACUACAUCAAAUUGGUUAACUGUAUAUAAAACAGAAUACCAUACUUUACAAAAUGUGAAGGAACUAAGUUGAAAAAAGUAAAAUUACAAACUAUAGAUUUAUUCUUCUAAUAUUAUGCUUUUAAUAGUCCUUUUAUCUUAGCUAAAACUAGAAAUACAAUGAAACUAACUGUUUUCUGGAGAUUAGUCUCAAAUUCCUACAAAGGAAAUUCUAGAACAAAAGGACAAACAAAUCAAAGGUAGAAAAAAUAUGUCGAUAACAAGAAGCAGGGUUUGCUGAAUGAAAAGUUUAAUGAUCUGGAAACAUAACAAAACAAAAUAACCAUUGCAUAUCAUUACUGUAAUACAUCUUUCUAGGGAAUGCUCAUGAAAGUCAAAGCUUUCUCUGUGUUCAAUACAGAAGCUGAAAAGAAAAACAUCCAAUGUGCAAAAAAGCACAUUUAUCUACUUGCUGUUAAAUGUCUUUCAGUAUUCAAUUUCAGGAAGGAGCUUCACACACAUUCACUAUGGAAAAGCAACUGAUCUUAGCAGAGAUUGUGUUUCACCUUCACAGCCAAAAUGCUUUUGGUAAGCUGCACUCUGAAUCCCAAUAUCCUAAUAAUACAGGAAAUGUAGAAAUUGUACCUAAAUAAGAGGUAGUGGUAAUAACCUGAACCUUGAUUAUAUAUGUUCAGAAAAAAAGACUUAUUUAAAACAAACCUAAUUUAUUUAUAUGUUGGAACUUUAAAUGCCAUGUUUACAAACACUAAAAUGAAAAUAAUUAAUUUGUGGUAAAUUCACAUAGCACAUUUUGGUACAAUCAAUAGUUUAUUUAAAAGAGAUCUAUUGGAAAAUAAAUUUUAGAAAUAUGCUUAAUCAUUUAAAAUAAAGGAUGUCAAAUGCAAAUCCAAAUAUUCAAAAUAUAUUUUAAAAACAUUCUUAUGCUGAGUCUGAGCUAAGUAUUCCAAAAUACCUGCUAAUCAAUUUACUACACAACUAUUAGAUUUACACACGUUAUUAAUUUAUUAUAAAUAUGAAAACACAAUCCAUCACGUAUCACAGCUGCAAAAUUUCUACUUGUUACAAUGAAUCUUCUUUCCAAGACAGCACUUGUUAGGCUAUGUCCUUAAUUUCAACUAGGAGGAGAUAAAUACACAAACUUUAUUUAAAAUAUGUUUCCUCUAAGGCACGGGUCGGCAACACGCGGCUCUGGAGCCACAUGCGGCUCUUUCACCGUCUCCUGCGGCUCCCUGUCCUCAGCCACCAUGUGCAAUCUGAAAAAAAA